AUGCCGAGAGGUUCCACGAAUGCACAGUCGUCCGAGGUACAAGCUCUGAAUAACCUGCUCGCGUCUCUCGACCUGCCUUUCACCUUGGAGUCUCCGGAAGAAUUGAUACCUUCUCUUCUGCUUGCAAUACUGGAGUCCAUACUCCGGACUCGCCUCCCCAUCGCAGCGAAUAUACGGGAAUCUCGGACUUUGGCAGAUAAAGUCCAGGCAAUGAAGAUCUUCUUAGGGGUUCUGGAGAACGACAUUAUCGGGGUUGACGUCGGGCUCAGCGACAUGGAUCCCAGAAAACUUGCCGUAGGGGAACAUGAGGAAGUAGUAUUCGUCGGAGAACUCCUGUGCUGGCUGAGCAGAAAGCAUGGUCUAGGGCUGCCAGGUGAAUCUCUGGAUACUAUUCCUGAUGUGCCUCCGAUGCAUUUCAGAGACGCCAGAGUGUAUGAUCGAGCACCAUCUCCAUCUGUGCAUUCUACUAUCACAAGUAGUCCCAAUACGACGUAUUCGUUUCAGACCCACGCCAUACUCUCCGCUGACACGACCGCUAUUGAUCUGACCGGCUCGCCCACGGAUACGUAUGCAUCUACUCUUGCUCGAGGGCGCUCCGAGCGGAGGUGCAGGCCCCGGUGCAUCCACGAAGUCGAUGAUUCUUCAUUCCUCGCAGAGCUCCAUGGGCUCAGACGGCCAGGCCCAAGCAACGAAACUCGGAACGAACCCGAGGACUUCUCGGCUGACGAUUUAUCUGCCUCUUAUUGCGACUGUUCUCAUAAUGUCUCUUCUCAGCAGACCAUCCCUGUUAGGACUGCUGGAUGGCUGGACGAGGUUGAUCCUAACCUUGAACUGGCGUCCUUCGAAUCAAGCAGGAGAAUGCAAGGGCGGGCAGGCCAAUCUUGUCGCUCCCGAGAAGCCUCGACUUCCAUUGCUACGGACCGCUCGAAGGGCGGGUCUACGUCGUAUCCCGUAAUCACGAAGCACAACUCUCCCAACCAGCAUAGGCUUGCACUAUUGAACGAACGAGCCAAGCUCUUGGCGGAACUCGCCACCUUGAAAUCCAGGAAGAAAUAA